UAACCACAUGACUUCCGCAACACGCUACCGAAUAGCUCUCCACUCUCGUCAGUGCUCAUCAUCCAAACACUCCAAUUUCCCUUUGCAUGUCACCUUCCACUUCUUGAAAUCAAUGGCAACCAACGAAGAUACCGACGACCUCCGCUCUUUACUAGCCGAACAGCGCGCGGAGCUCAUGGAUGCUCAAUCCCUAGAAUCCGACCUCGAUUAUGCCUUCCUUCUACAACUCGAAGAAGCCAUCUCUGCUUCUCUCACACUUGUCCCCUCCACUUCAUCAACACCGCCAACGUUGCCAUCACUACUACAACAACCUGUAGACGAUGUCGUUUCUCCUACCUUCGCCUCCCUCCAGUCCGAAGAACUCGAGAAGAUGGAGAAAGAACUCGCCAAUUACGAACAAGCAAAACUGGAGAUACGCAAAACGAAUGAAGCUAUUCUUCUUGCUGCUCACGAUCAGAAAUUCGCCAUGGAACUCUCCAGGAUGCCCGAGGAUGAGUGGCUUAAGUGGGGCGAUAAUUUCGAGAAAGCGUUCGGCGAAGAAUGUUCAGGAAGCGGGGACGAAACUGAUGAUAACACAUUUGGCCUUUAUUUUAAGGGAUUGGUAAGUGAAGAGAUGAUUGAUGAGAAGAAGGUUGUGUUGUGUGGGAUUGGUAUAGAAAUAUGCGAUCCUUGUGGUCAUUUGAUAUUCCCGUUUCAGAAACCGUUGAUUGGAGGCUGGAUGAGCAAGACUGCUGCCGAGGCUAAUGCUUUGAUUGAAGGACUUAAUGUUGCUCUAUCUUUAGAGCUUAAGCGUGUUCGGAUCUACUGUGAUUGUUAUCGUUUGUAUCAAUUUGUUACUGGAAGAUGGUCAGCAAAGCAACGGAAGGUAGCUGUGUUACUCAAUCAAGUAUCCCUUCUUCAAAAAAAAUUUAGGUACUGCAACACAAUUUUUGUGGGACCUAAUGCUAUAAAGGGUGUCUUCGAACUUGCAAGAGCUGCGAUAUAUUCUCAAGUCACAAAACCUGCGGGUCCAAGCCGGGGCAAAACUGUGAAUGAAACAUGUUUUAUCUGUUUGGAAGCUACUGAUGUUGGUCGUAUGUUUUCCAUUGAAGGAUGCUUGCACCGCUACUGUUUUUCUUGUAUGAAGCAGCACGUGGAAGCAAAGUUGCGUAAUGGAAUGGUGCCUAAGUGUCCUCAUGAAGAUUGUAAAUCUGAACUUAGAGUUGAUAGUUGUAGAGAAUUCUUGACGCCUAAUUUAUUUGAAAUACUGAAUCAACGUAUAAAGGAAGCUUCAAUUCCUGCUACAGAGAAAGUUUAUUGCCCAAAUCCCAGGUGCUCGACAUUAAUGAGAAAAAGUGAGGUUUCAAAAUAUGCUGAAAAUGCCUUUUGUGGUUCUGAUCUGUCUGAAGCUGUGAGAUGUGUGAAAUGUCAUGGCAUUUUUUGCAUAAAAUGCAAGGUUCCAUGGCAUAGUAACAUGACUUGCAAUGUUUACAAAAGGUUGAAUCCUAAUCCUCCGGUGGAGGAUGUGAAGCUAAAGUCUCUAGCAUCAAGGAACCUGUGGCGCUUAUGUGUGAAGUGCAACCAUAUGAUAGAACUUUCUGAAGGUUGUUACCACAUGACUUGCAGAUGCGGAUAUGAAUUUUGCUAUAAAUAUGGCGGAGAGUGGAAGAACAAAAAGGCAAGUUGUUCUUGUCCUAUCUGGGACGAGGAUAAUAUCUUAUACGAUGAUUGACGACAACGCUUAUGAAGAAAAAGAUGAAAAUGACUAGUCUGAGUUCUUUCAUUAUGAUUCAAAGUGGUAUUGAAAGGAUAUAAAUCAAAUAUUUCUCCAUUGCGUCCUGAUAUCUCCCUACAUUUUUUUGUGCAAAAUCCAAAUGAUAGUAAAGAUACUUAGUGUAGUCUUGGCUUGGAACUUUUUGCAUGACAUUUGUAAUUUUUUACCCCUGUAACGUGCUAAUACGAGUGGUCUCUUUUCUAUUGCAUGUUACAAGGUCACAGAAUUAGAAACAAGCCAUUUCUCUCAAGUCUUAAUUUGCGGAUUGCUUCCAUUUUCUGAUGGUUACAUUUGUAGCGACAACUUGAGUUUUCGCAUGAUGUGUAUAAACCUUUCACAUGAUGUCAAUCUUGAUGACGGGUUGUGGAUUUUGAUAA